UACACUGCUUUCUCGUCUUCAGCUGAAUUCCCUCUAGGGUUCGGAGUGUCCUAAACCCUUGUCGAACACUCUGUCUCUGGAGCGCCAUUCUCUCCAGCGACCUGCGCUUUUGGGUUCACUAGGAAAUUAGUGCGUGGCAGGGUGAUUCUGCGAGGACCAGGCAGUUGAGGAGUAGUUUGUGAUUGCCCCGACGAGGUGUUACACCGACGAUCCUUCAGAUGCCAGAAAUUUAGUUCGACGGGCUUCUAGGGAUUGCAGACAAGAACAGGGUACGUUGGCGGAGUAAGGGAAUUCGACUUUUGCGUCGGAGGAGUUUUGAAGCUGAGGUUACGGAACGGAUUCCUUUCAGGUCAACUGUCACAAAAUGAUGCUGAGAAUUAUGAUUUAGGUCCCACGGGAGCGCUAGAAGGACGAAGCGAAAUUACACACUGGGAGUAGGAAGAGAGGGUAUGGUGCUGGCAGGGCAUGUGAGAGCGGCUGGUGGGAGAAUUCAGGUCACUAGUGUGUGGAGUGCUUCGACGGGGUUGGCCCGGCACAUUUGGUGGCUACCUGUGUUGCCUUCUCUUUGCUGUAAACCGUUGCAGCUGCGGACGUGUAGGACAGUUCCACGACGGUGUGUGGAACCUAUUUCACAGCUCACCAGGGGAAAGCGAAGUUUUUACAAUGGGUGCUUCAGAACAUCUCUCAGUCUGGCAAUUCACCGCUCCAUGGGUGCUGCAGCUAUGGCACGAGAAAGAGAACCCGUUCCUAGGAACAAUGAGAAAACUACACGCGAGCAGCUCGCUAAGGUCAACAUAAUUUUACCAUCCUACGCCCCCGGACAGUACCGUAUCGUUUGCCCAGAGUGUGAUGGAGGCACUAACAGGGAAAAAAGUCUUGCUGUCGGCAUUGACGAUACAGGACUUGCCCUGUGGAUAUGCCACAGAGGAACCUGUGGAUGGAAAGGAUCCGGACCCACCAAGGUCGUUGGAACCAAGGAUGAAGCUCAUACAAAUGGGACGGCGAGACCUACGAAAGUGGCAAAAGAGAUGAAGCAAAACGUAAAGCCUCAGCCUAUUACCAUCGAAAGUCUCGCCCUUCAGCCCCCUCCGAUUGAAGUUGUUGAGUGGUUUCACGAACGUGGCAUUUCAGCCAAUACUCUUGAGAAGAAUCAAGUGCGAUGCAUCAACACAACUGGAGAUGUCGUCAUUGCGUUUCCUUACACGCGUGAGGGAGACAUUGUAAAUUGCAAGUUUCGAAGCGUGGACAAAAAAUUUUGGCAAGUGAAAGGUGCUGAGAAAGUGCUUUAUGGUUUGGAUGAUAUAAAAAAUUCGAAAGAGAUCAUAAUUGUCGAGGGAGAAAUUGAUAAGCUUACACUCUACGAAGCAGGUUAUACAAACUGUGUUAGUGUACCAGAUGGCGCGCCUCCCAAAGUGUCUACCGAUACAAAUGUUUCAAGGGUGACAUCCGAUGGGGCUGUUCCCAAAGGCUCAACAAUUGCAACACAGGAUAAGAAGUACGAAUAUCUCUACAAUUGUCGUGAGUAUUUCACAAAUGCAACCCGGAUUGUUUUAGCAACCGAUUCUGAUGAACCUGGACUCGCACUCGCCGAAGAAUUAGCCCGUCGUCUAGGCCGUGAACGGUGCUGGCGCGUAAAGUGGCCCAAACGUGAAGGUGAGGCUGCAGUAUGCAAGGACGCCAAUGAGGUUCUCCAGUAUUUGGGACCGGAGGCGGUACGGAAUGUGAUCGAGACAUCAGAAUUGUACCCUAUUCGUGGGCUAUUUCAGUUUUCUCAGUUCUUCAAGGAAAUUGAUGACUAUUAUCAUCUGAGAAUGGGAGAUGAGCGAGGUGUUUCGACUGGCUGGUCCGGUCUGGACAGUAUUUAUCGGGUGGUACCCGGAGAACUCACUGUUGUAACAGGAGUACCGAACUCAGGCAAAAGUGAAUGGAUCGACGCUCUUCUUUGUAACCUAAGUCGCGACUACAACUGGACAUUUGCUUUGUGUUCAAUGGAGAAUAAGGUGCGUGAACACGCACGGAAGCUGCUGGAAAAGCAUUUGAAAAAGCCUUUCUUCGAUGCACCGUAUGCAAACUCGAUAUCCCGAAUGGACAAGGGUGCCUUUGAGCGGGGCAAAUCAUGGCUAAACCAAAAUUUUUUUCUUAUCAGAUGCGAAGAUGAUGAACUGCCGUCUGUCGACUGGGUCCUGGAUCUUGCAAAGGCUGCAGUGUUGAGACACGGAGUUCGAGGACUUGUGAUUGAUCCCUAUAAUGAACUUGAUCACCAACGGCCCAGUAGUCAGACGGAGACAGAGUAUGUGAGUCAGAUGCUAACAAGAGUGAAGCGCUUCGCUCAACAUCACGAUUGCCAUGUCUGGUUUGUGGCUCACCCAAAACAGCUGCAAGUCUGGAGGGGUGAGGCACCAGGACUUUAUGACAUUAGUGGCAGUGCACACUUUAUUAACAAAUGCGAUAAUGGAUUAGUGAUCCAUCGUAAUCGUGAUCCGGAUGCGGGUCCUCUUGAUCAAGUUCAGGUUCUUGUGAGGAAGGUUCGCAACAAGGCAGCGGGGACUAUAGGGGAAGCAACGCUUCGAUAUGAUAGGGCAACUGGAGAAUAUGCAGAUGUUAUCUAGUGGUUAGACUGGAUCGAAACAGCUCAGCACCCCUCAGGUUAGAAAAUUGACAAUGUCGCCAUUUUAGUGGGGAGGUCUAAGAUUCGGAUGUACACUACUUAGGUAUAUGUCAGCACUCGAUUACGGCAUAAUCAAACCAGGGUGCACAAUUUUUUCCAUCUGAUUUUAAACAGGAAUUAGUUGUCAAUAUUCAAGCAAUCUCUGUUGUGGAACAUAUUUGCCACCUUUUAUUCCGAGGCGAGCAUUUUGAAGCAUUGAAGGCUGGAGAUUACUGAUUUUCAUGUGAUGUGACGUGACUCUCCUCACUUCUUGACUUCAUGGAAUGGAAAUCGAAAUUCACCCUUUGUAUGAUAUUCG